AUGAACGCACUGUUUUCACGUUUGACAUUUAACAAGCUUUGUAUAGCAGCAUUCGUACUUCGAGUUGUGUUGUUGCUAUAUGGAGAGUAUCAGGACGCUUAUUUUACAGUCAAAUACACUGAUAUUGACUAUGUGGUAUUCACAGAUGCCGCACGCUACAUUACAGAAGGAAAAUCACCAUAUUUACGAGAAACGUAUCGAUAUACACCCUUAUUAGCCAUAUUGUUGACUCCCAAUAUCUUUUGGUUUCGAUCAUUCGGCAAAUGUCUCUUUGCAAGCGCAGAUUUGUUAUGUGGAUACUUGAUUCAUCGUAUCUUGGUAUUGCGCGGUAUGCCAUCCAAGAGCGCAUUGAGGUUUGAUGCACUCUGGCUAUUGAAUCCCAUGGUGGCAAAUAUCUCUACACGUGGAAACGCAGAAUCACUGUUGGGUGUCAUGGUGUUGGGCACGUUCUACCUGGUACUGACGAGAAGAUACUUUUAUUCAGCUUGUCUUGUGUUUGGACUCUCGGUGCACUUUAAGAUUUAUCCUGUUAUUUACGCUAUACCCUUAUUAAUGCUUCUGGAUGACCAUUACGGAAACCCCUUUCAGCAAUCCAGUUUUUUGGUCAAGGUGCAACAUGUCAGAUUUCGAAUGAUACAUGAAUUGGAUCAGCAAUUGGCAGAAAAGGACAGCAUUGCAACCAAAAUCAUGAGAGGCGUUGUUGUGUUUUUGUCGCCUGUGCGUAUUCUGUUUGGGAUUAUCAGCGCUUUUGUGUUUUUCGCACUGACAGCUUCCAUGUAUCAGCAAUAUGGAGACGAAUUUAUGCAACACACUUAUUUGUACCAUGUAACAAGAGAGGAUCAUCGCCAUAAUUUCAGCAUUUGGUUCUAUCAAAUGUAUCUCGGCAUCGACAACACAAGUUCAUGGAUGGGUUUAGUUGCAUUUGUGCCUCAAUUAACGCUUGUAGCCGUCAUUGGCAUUGCAUUUGGAAAGGAUCUGUUCUUUGCAGCUUUUAUGCAAACGUUCAUUUUUGUCACAUUCAACAAGGUCAUUACAUCCCAGUAUUUCAUGUGGUACAUUUGCUUGUUCCCAUUGAUCUUACCUUCUUCAAAAAUCAAGUUCAGAUGGAGGGGUUUGCAGCUCUUGCUUGCUUGGGUGGCAGGACAGGGUCUUUGGUUGAAUUUUGCAUAUCAGUUGGAGUUUCUCGGCCAAAAUACCUUUUUGCAACUUUGGAUUGCAGGCGUUACAUUUUUCGUUAUGAAUUGUUGGAUAGUAGUUGAAUUGAUAUUGAAUCACCAAUACGAACCCAUCUAUGGCAGCAGUGGCCGUAUUCGCUGGGUGUGGGGAAACGGUGAUCCAGGAUCGAAGCGUUCAUUAUAA